UCUGUAUUUUCACCAGCAGGUGGCAGUGAAACUCAAACUGAGCUGUUUUUCCACACCGUCUUUUUUCACUUUCCCUUUUCCGGCUCCUACUUCCUGUUUCCGGUUUCCUCCUGUUUAUGUUUGCAGACAAUCUGUGACAUUCGGUCACAAACUACAUUAAUAUACGUUAUAAAUAAAACAUUUUUAAUAUAAAAUCCGAGGACGGACUCUGCAGCUAAACUUCAGUUUCUGUGGGUCCUCAGUAGUUGGUGGCGUGUUUUCAUUUGUCCCCUCCUCCCCCUGUUUGUCCUGUUUGUCCUGUUUGUCCUGUUUCCUCCAGCUCCCAUGGCUCAGGCUCCUCUCAUGAACCCCGACAGCUUCACCUGCUCCAUCUGUCUGGAGCAGCUCUCGGAUCCGGUCACCGUCCCGUGUGGACACAGCUACUGCAUGCGCUGCCUGACGAGCCACUGGGACUGUCAGUCUGUGUACAGCUGUCCCCAGUGCAGAGCGUCCUUCAGUCCCAGGCCCAAACUGGGCAGGAACACGCUGCUGGUGGAGAUGCUGCAGAAGCUCGGCUCCGUCCAGCUGAGCCCGGUCCCCUCGGCUCCUCCUCUGUACGAGAGCUUCGAGCACCCCACCUUCGAUGUGUCCUCCGUCCGUCCUGAGAGGACAGACGGAGAGAGGCUUGUGGGAAACACACGGAGACGUCUCGCACAGCAGAUCCAAGAGAGGGAGGUGGAGAUUCAGCAGCUGAAACAAAGUCUGCGUUCGUUGUCUCGUCAGGCCAAAGCCGCCGUGAAGGACAGCAGCAAGAUCUUCUCCGAGCUGCUGGAGUUUAUGGAGCGUCGCCGCGUCGAGAUGAAGGAGCUGAUCCGAGCUCAGGAGAAGGCUGAGGUGGCUCGAGCGGAGAACCAGGUGCAGCACCUGGAGCAGCAGGUCUCAGAGCUGAGGAGGAGAGACGCUGAGCUGGAGCGGCUGUCGCUCAGUCAGGACCGACACCUGAUCUCACAGCAGAUGUGUCAGUCGGACCUCGGUCCAGAUGUUGCAGGAGCAAACCGCUCUCUGACGAUCUGUCCACAUGUUUCCUUCGGGCCUGUGAGACGAGCCAUCUCAGAGCUGAAGGAGCAGCUGCAGAGUCUGUAUCUCCGAGAAUUCCCGAGUAUCACCGCUGCAGUGAAAUCUGUGAACCUCCUGCAGAUGAAACAGGUCGACGAAGCUGCAGAAUCUGGUAAAUCUCCAGUCGCCCCGGCUCCGAACAACAGGAGUGAACUGCUUCAGUACUUCUGUUCUCUUUCUCUGGACCUGUUCACGGCUCACAGGUUGCUCUCUCUGACGGGGGGGAACCGUGUGGUCAGUCGAACCGGAGAACUUCACCCGUACCCCGACCACCCGGAUCGCUUCGACACCUGGUGCCAGGUGCUGUGCCGUGAGGGGCUGCAGGGCCGCAGCUACUGGGAGGCGGAGUGGGAGGGAAGCGAGGUGGUGCUGGGGCUCACGUACGAGAACAUUCAGAGAAAGGGAUCAUCUGACAAGUGCAGACUGGGACACAACUUCCUGUCCUGGAGUCUCUGCUGCAGCUCCUCCUCCUUCAGCUUCUGCCAUGGCAGAGAGAAGCAGGCGGUGGCGCUGGCGGCUUCCAGCUCGCUGUCCCGCAGGGUCGGGGUGUUCCUGGACCACGACGCCGGACUGAUCUGCUUCUUCAUGGUGACGCCCGGAGGAGUCGUCCUCCUGCACAGGGUGACGACCAAGUUCGACCUGCCCCUCUACGCUGCAGCGUGGCUGGGAUCCGAAUCCACCGUCACCCUCUGCACGGUGGACUGACGCAGCACAGACAUCGAGAUGCUGUGUGGGUCAGUGGUUUGAAUAUCAUUUAGUAAAAUUCACUCAGGACUAGAUGAGACACCUCAGAUGAUAAUGAAAGAAACGUCUUUUUUUUAUUUUCAGGAGAAUGACAAAAUACCAUUUCUGUACUGAAACGACAAUGUGGCAUUUUUUUAUAAUUGUAAUCAUAUUAAAAAUCGAACCUAUCCACACAUAUAUAUAUAUAUACUCAUAUCGAUAUGCAGGCUUCUUCACACUACAUUUAACUUUAUUGGCCUCAAUGUUUAUUGUAGUUCAGAAUAUAAACGAGCCUUUUACUCAUUUAAAACUUUGUUUUUAAUGUGUUUAAUUCAUCAAAUAUUAGUUGAUGAGUCCGGCUCUAGUAUUGAUGUCGUUACUUUACUGAAAACUAGAUGUGUAUAUAAUGUAAAAGAUUCUAUAUAAUCAGUGCAUGAUUGUGAAACUGUCACUAUAUUAACACUUGAUGCCUCACUGACUGACGGCUGGGACAUUUGCCCGGGAUCAGACUACGUGAUGUCGAACCAUCACGUUUCCCUGUCAACGACUCGUGUGGCCUCAUUAACGGACAUUUUCCAGAGAAUAUUUAUAUCUCAGGAUGAAUGUUCUGGACAUUUUCCUUCCUUCAUUCUUCAUGUGUGAAAAGUAAACAACGGAAAAUGUCCAGACCCAAUUAUUUGGACAUUUCCCCAGAGACAACACCUCGUGUGUUAAAGGGUCUUUUCACUCAUAUUGUAAACAUUACCUCGUGUGCUAUCCAGCCAGGUCAUCAAACUACAUUGUAAGAGACAGAAUUUAUUUUUAUAUGUCAUGUAACUUUUUUGAUGAAACAAACACAGACCUCAGUGUUUAACAGUUUGCACAUCAGGAUUAGUGCCUCAGUAGAAAGAGGAGGACUAGUCUCUGUCUGUAGAACAACAUUUUAAGUGUUAAAUCUAUUUUCACCUUCAUUUUAUUGUAAUGGAAACAGACCAAACCAAUUAUCUGAUAUGUAACCUGUGAUUAAAAAACACUAGAGACAAGAGUAGCUUCAGUGCUCGAGUUGGAUUUUUAUUAUUAUUAUUAACCGUUGACACAAAUCAGCAGAGAAACAAGGCGUGACGAAAGACGGGAACAAAGAAAAAAAAAAAAAAAGACAGCCCAGGAUUAGAUCUUGUUGAAAGCAGCAACGUCGACACUCUGGAUCUGAAACAGAGCGAACAGGGAACUGGUGAGACUCGAGUGAACGUGUCGUGGAAACAAGAUUUCAAAUGUAUAAACUUCUGUUUACACCUCAUUUAUGCAGCAAUGUACCGACUGUGCCAGUUUAAUAGGUACACCUAACUUCAGGUUAUCUAAUACUGAUAAAUAUGAUCUUCCUGAAGGUUAUAAUGUUCAUGUUUUUGUUUUAACCUGCCUGUCAAACCCAAGUGUCCUAAUUUCAACCACAACAAUAAAAAGCAAGUUGACGAAGAA